GAAGAGCAGAGCAGUGGGAGUGACCAAAAAUAGGGUGACAGAAUACCAACAGUCUUUUCCAUUUUCAUCUCUCUGCUGUCCUCUCUCUGCGCUUUUACACCACCACCACCACCUAAAAACCCAUCUCAUAUACUACCUGCUCUGCUUCUUCUUCUCCCUCAUCCAUUCUUACUUGCCCAGAAAAAUGAGUUACUCAUCGGAAGAAGAAACUGAUAUAAGUGAUUCCGAGUUGGAGGAUUACUCUGAGAAAGUUUACCAGCAAUUAUUGGAUGGAAAACUCGCUGUGAAGAUUUCUGGGGACGUGUAUAGAUGCCCUUACUGCUCUCAGAAGAAAAGGAAGCAACAGUAUGGGUUCAGGGAUCUUCUGCAGCAUGCUUCUGCAAUUGGAGAGGGAUCAGGAUCUAAGAGGGACACAAAGGAAAAGGGUAAGCAUCUCGGUCUAAUGAAAUACCUAGAAAAUCUUGGACAAAGAAAACCUCCAGAAAGGAACAGUCCAGAAGAUUUAAGGCCUGUGCAAAACGGUGACAACAAUGAAUUGCUUGUUUAUCCUUGGGUCGGAAUUGUGGCCAACCUUCCUCUUACGUUUGAGAAUGGCAGAUAUGUUGGGGGAAGCGGUACAAAACUGAGAAAUGAGUUUAUUGCUCAGGGGUUUAACCCCAAGAGGGUUAACCCUCUAUGGAACUACAAAGGUCAUACUGGUUUUGCAGUAGUGGAGUUUGGAAAAGACUGGCCAGGAUUUCAUUGUGCUAUGAAAUUCGGAAAUAGUUUUGAGGCUGCUGGUAAGGGAAAACAAGAUUACUUAAAUAUGCAGCACCGGGGGACUGAAAUAUAUGGAUGGAUUGGACGAGAGGAUGAUUUCUAUUCAGAGAAGGCAAUUGGUGACUUUCUUAGAAAGUUUGGGGAUCUAAAGACAGUCCAUGAGAUAGAAGCAGAAGAAAAGAGAAAAUCAAACAAACUCCUGUCAAAUCUGAGUAAUGUAAUUGAGGAAAAAGCAAUGCACCUUAAGGAGAUAGAGGUGAAAUACCAUGAAACUACAUUGUCAUUAGGUAGUUUGAUGAAUGAAAUGGACAAAAUGUUCCAAGCUUGCGAUGAAGCGAGACAAAAGAUGCAGCAGAACACCAGAGCCCAAAUUCAAAAUAUUGUUAAUGAGCAUCAAAAAAUGAAGCUUGAGCUUGAGCAGCGUGAGAAGGAUUUGCAGAAAAGGGAGGCUCGUAAUGACAGUGAGAGAAAGAAACUGGCACUUGAGAAGGAAAUGAAUGAGAGAGCCACCUUGGAGCAGAAAAAGGCAGAUGAAAAUGUGAUUAAGUUAGCAGAGGAUCAUAAGAGAGAAAAAGAAGAGUUGCGCAAAAGAAGCAUGGAACUAGAAAAACAAAUAAAUGCCAAGCAAGGACUAGAACUGGAAAUUGAGUGUCUUAGAGGGUCUUUGUCAGUAAUGAAGCAUAUGGAAAAUCCUGAGGAUUCUAAGUUCAAACAAAAGAUUAAUGAUACUCAGAAUGCCCUAAAGCAGAAAGAAGAAGAACUUGAGGAUCUGGAAGCACUAAAUCAAGUUUUUGUUGUCAAGGAACGUAAAACUAAUGACGAGCUUCAAGAGGCUCGAAAGGAAUUAAUUAACUUUUUGAAGGGGAAGCCAAAAGGCCCAAAACAGUGGCUUGGUGUGAAAGGAAUGGGAGAGCUUGACGGAAGUCCAUUCCAUGCAGCAUGCAACAAAAAGUAUGGUGGUCCAGAUGCAGAAGAAAAGGCUGCAGAGCUCAUUUCAUUAUGGGAGGAUAACCUGAGGGAUCCUAAUUGGUAUCCUUUCAAGAUCGUCACUCUACAAGGUGGAAAUGAUCACAAGGAAAUUAUUAAUCUAGAGGAUGAGAAACUCAAAAAGCUGGGGGCAGAGUGGGGCAAUAAAGUCCAGACGGCAGUGACUACCGCUUUAAAGGAGAUGAAUCAGUACAACCCCAGCGGUAGGUACAUCAUAUGGGAACUCUGGAACUACAAGGAAGAAAGGAAAGCAACGCUGGCUGAAGGAGCAUCUUAUUUACUGGACUUGAGGGCUAAAAAGAGGUCGAGAACCUAGAAGGUGCAGUUAAUCUCUUCAUCUGUCCAUCCCUCUCCAGGCUCCAGACUCUUAUUGCCUACAAACUGCUGGGUUUCGCAUUGAAUCAUCUCUGGUGCUUUGUUUAUUGUUUUUACUUUGUCAUCUCUGAAAAAUAUUUUGUCGCUACUUGCUAACAUAUGCAAAUCCCUAAAGAUAACAAGCUAUACAAUCCAUUCUGAUACAUGGGAACUUAUUUAUCUCCGGUGUGUUUCAGAUCCAAUGCAAAUUUAACUUGACUCAAGUUUACUUGAGCAAAUG